AUGUUUAUGCCCGAGAGACUGGUUCCAACAAGCAGGCUGCUAGUAAGAGCUGCGCACUGUCACUAGUACGACAGCUAUAUCAUUUGAAUGUAAUCGAAGCAUUCACAGGAUCAUUUAAGAAAAAGGAGGCAGAGCAGUUGAAACCUUAUGAAGUAAAACUUAGCUCAGAGUUAAUAACACAGUUGGAUGGAAUUAUAAGGGCAUCAAAUGUAGAACCAGUAGAUUUGAGAGGUAUUCCUCCAAAUGUCCCAGUAAGUUUGGUACCCAAUGUACAGCUGGCUGAAUUUGAGUGUUCAGAUGGACCAGAUUCAUUUAGUGGCGUCGUUUCAUGGUCACCACCCCAGCAGAAUUGGAAUCCCUGGACUGCAUGUAACAUCGAUGUUGGACCACUAGCCAAUAUGGAUCUAGAGGAACAUAGUGUAGAACUUCAAAGGUUACACCAACGUCGUCUCCAGGAUGACAGCACCCUCCAGGCCAUUAUAGAUAAGAGAUAUUCACUCCCUGUUUAUAACAAGAAACAAGAGAUCCUGGAAGCAAUUUACGAUAACCCUGUCACUAUAAUAAGAGGCAACACUGGCUGUGGAAAGACAACACAGGUUUGUCAGUACAUACUUGAUGACUGUAUCCAGUCGGGUUCAGGUGCAUACUGUAACAUUAUCGUCACCCAGCCCAGACGAAUAUCUGCAGUUUCAGUGGCAGAUCGUGUUGCUCAGGAACGCGGAGAGGAAUUGGGUAACAGUGUAGGGUAUUCAGUGAGGUUUGAGUCCAUUCUCCCAAGGCCCUAUGGUGGAGUGCUCUUCUGCACAGUAGGUGUUCUCCUUCGAAAACUAGAAGCUGGUUUGAGAGGUGUAUCCCAUGUCAUUGUUGAUGAAAUUCAUGAGCGAGACAUCAAUACAGAUUUCAUCCUUAUUGUUCUUCGUGAUAUGGUCCGUGCAUUCCCAGAUCUUCGCAUCAUUCUUAUGUCAGCCACCAUAGAUAUAAGUCUGUUCUCAGAUUAUUUUGAAAACCCUGUUGUGGUAGAAAUUUCUGGUCGGGCUUUCCCUGUACAGCAGUACUUCUUAGAAGAUUGUGUUGAGCUUACCAAGUUCGUUCCUGUUCCUGACAGCAAGAAGAAAAACAAGAAGGACAAGGAUGAUGAUCUGCCUGGUGAUGAACCUGAAGAAAAUAUGAAUUAUGUGAAAUCAGAUGAGUACUCGAAUGAAACUAAACGUUCAAUGGCUAUGAUGAGUGAAAAGGAUUUGAGCUUCGAGCUCAUCGAAGCAUUGCUGAAAUACAUAAGGGACCUCAACACUCCUGGGGCUGUCUUGGUGUUUCUUCCUGGGUGGAAUCUUAUAUUUGCUCUAAUGAAACAUCUGAAUCAUCAUCCAGCAUUCAGUAGUCGUGAUUACUGUAUCUUACCAUUGCAUUCUCAAUUGCCCCGUGAAGAUCAGAGAAGAGUAUUUGAACCUGUACCUCCAGGUGUGACUAAGAUUAUCCUUGCUACCAAUAUUGCUGAAACUUCAAUCACUAUCGAUGAUGUCGUCUUUGUGAUUGACUCCUGCAAAGCAAAAAUGAAGCUCUUUACAUCUCAUAACAACAUGACAAAUUAUGCCACCGUUUGGGCAUCACGUACAAAUCUUGAGCAACGAAAGGGUCGUGCAGGGAGAGUCAGACCUGGUUUCUGCUUCCAUCUUUGCAGUAAAGCACGCUUUGACAGUCUUGAUGAACAUAUGACUCCUGAGAUGUUCCGAACACCACUUCAUGAAGUUUCCCUGUCGAUCAAGUUGUUGCGUCUUGGAUCCAUUGGAGAGUUCCUUUCAAAGGCAGUGCAGGCACCCCCCAUAGAUGCUGUAAUUGAAGCUGAAGUAAUUUUAAGAGAAAUGAAGUGUUUGGAUAGACACGAUGAGUUAACUCCCCUUGGGCGAAUAUUGGCACGUUUACCCAUUGAGCCACGGUUAGGGAAGAUGGUGAUUUUAGGAUCAAUUUUCUUCUGUGGAGAUGCGAUGUGUACAAUAGCUGCCCAUAAUUCCACUUCCCCAGAAAUCUUUAUCAUUCCUCCUGAAUUUAGGAGACUGAGUCCUUUCCAGAAAGCAUUCUCUGGCAACCGUUUUAGUGAUCACAUAGCAGCCCUCAAUGCAUUUAACUGCUGGGAAGAGGCUCGUGUGGGUGGUGAGGAUGCUGAAAUCAAUUUCUGUGAUUACAAGGGACUUUCGAUGCCAACUCUGCGAGUAACUUGGGAAGCUAAGAACCAGCUUAAAGAGCUAAUGGUAGCUGCUGGCUUCCCAGAGGAGUGUCUUCUCCCACAGACCUACAAUUUUGUUGGCCCUGAUCCUAAAGUUGAUGUCUUAGUAGGUCUCAUGACUUUAGGACAUUACCCUAAUGUUUGUGUUCAUAAGGAAAAACGAAAGGUGCUAACACAGGAGUCGAAAGCUGCGCUCAUCCAUAAAUCUUCUGUUAAUUGCAGUAACAAGGAAAUUCAUUACCCAUCACCAUUCUUUGUAUUUGGAGAAAAGAUUCGUACAAGAGCAGUGUCUUGUAAGCAGAUGACUAUGGUGACUCCAAUACAUCUGAUGCUGUUUGGUGCUCGGAGAGUUGAAGCCGUUGAUGGUAUUGUGCGUCUAGAUGGCUGGAUAAAUUUGGAAUUGGAUCCAGAGAUAGCUGCAAAAAUCAUGGUCUUGAGGCCGUCCAUUGAUGCUUUGAUAGUAAGAGGCACCACAGAUCCAGAGCACAUAACCGAACCAAAUCAUCUAGAUGAACAGAUUUUGAAUUGUGUUCGUCAGUUGUGCCGACUAAAUGCUGGAAGAUUUGAAAUGGAACCUAUUUCAAUGGGAAAUACAAAUUCCUUCAGACCACCUCGUCAGUUCAGUAACUUUGGCGGCGGGCCUCCAAACAAACGAAUGAGAGGUGAUGAUGGACCCGGUGGUGGUGAUACAGGAGGUUUUAGACCUGGAGGAGUGUACACUGCUAACAGAGGUUUUGGUGGCAGAGGAGGUGGAGGCUACAUGGGAAACAGAGGAGGACGUGGUGGAAGAGGAAGUGGAAGCAGAGGAGGAUACGGUGGAAGAGGUGGAGGAUUUGGAGGCAGGGGUGGAUUCGGCGGUGGCUAUGGAAUGGGUGGUGCCAGAUUCGGUGGCAUGGGAGGAAGC